AUUUUUUCGUCAACGUAGAGCCAUCGGACGGGAGCCUUCAGAGCUCGAAAUCUGUACUUAUUAAUACUCGAUGGGGAAAAUGGAAAAGCAACACAUCGAACAAGAAGAAGUUGACAUUAUAAAGACACGGCAACUUGUUCCCGAGGGCGGUUGGGGAUGGCUUGUUUGUCUUGCUGGGUUUACUGCACAGUUUACAAUUUUAGGAAUACAGAAUAAUACAGGCAUUUUAUAUAGAUCCCUACUCACAGAAUUCAAAAGAAGUAAAGGAGAUACAGCAUGGGUUUUCUCCAUUGGCCUUGGCUUGAUGUUUUUGUUUUGUCCUAUAACUUCAUCCUUAUGUGAGCGAGUUGGAUGUAGGAUAGUAGCAAUAGUUGGUGGAUUACUAGGCGUCCUUGCUUUUAUAUUGUCUUCAUUUGUUAAGGAUUUGUAUGUUCUAUAUCUGACAUUUGGUGUUCUAUGGGGUGUUGGAUCUAGUAUGACCUAUCUUCCAUCAAUCAUGGCACUGCCAUUUUGGUUUAGAAAACGAAUAAGUGUCGCCAAUGGUAUUGUUACAGCAGGAAGUGGAUUUGGUACUCUAGCUAUGGGGCCUCUCAUGCUUAUAACAGUGACAAAACUAGGAUGGCAAAAUUCAUUGCGGGUUCUUGCUGGAGUGGUUCUAGUUUGUACAAUCUCAGCUAUAUUUUACAGUGUACCAGCUAAGAAUGAAGAAAAGCCUAUGCAAACUGAGCAAAAAGAAAAGAAACCACUGCUUGAAUUUUCUGUUUUAAAGAAUAAAGCCUUUUUAGUAUGGUGUGUGGCUCUUGGUGUUUUUAUGAUUGGAUACUUUGUUCCAUUUGUCCACUUGCCUGGAUAUGCAAUAGAAUGCGGUGUCUCAAAUGAACAGUCUGCAACUCUUGUUGGAAUGAUGUCAAUUGGGUCAACUGUUGGACGACUUUUCUUUGGGAAAAUGUGUGACCAUCCUAAGGUCAAUCGUCUUUAUGUSUUUCAACUGGCAUUCCUGUUUAUUGGUGUGGCACACACUCUCAUUACGUUAACAAAAAGUUAUGCUGGCUUUGUUAGCUAUAUGGUUGUGUUUGGUGUCUUUGAUGGCUGUUUUGUGGUAUUGCUUGGUGUAUUGUGUGCUGACAUUGUUGGUUAUGAUAAAGUAGCUGCUGGUAUGGGAAUUCAGUUUUUCUUUAUGGCUAUCACCUGUACUGCUGGGCCUCCUCUUGCAGGAUGGGUAUACGAUUUGUCAGACUCGUACCAGAUUGCUUUCUAUGCGUCUGGUGCUUGUGCAACCCUUGGAGCGUGUUUACUGUUUCUCAUCCCCAUAUUGAUGCCAAAAGAGAAUGCGCAUGAGAUUCAUAUGGAUGAUUCUAUGGAAUCAAAUCAGAAUAGCGAACAGCGUUUAAUAAAAUCACCCAUUUCCUCUCAAGAAGAUAACGAAGUCACAUUGCGGAGUGGAGCUGCAAGACAUUGUACUGUUAGAAAUUCGUACCUGGAUAAGUACUGGGAGCAAUUACCGCAGCGAGCUAGCUGCAGUAGCUUCUUCGGGCCUGGAGCACCAUUUGGUGUCAUACCAUCAUUACAUCUCAGUAACGAAACACUUUUAGUAGUAGAACGAGUUUCCCAGGUUUGACGAUUAACAAACUUCAAAAUCAUUUUUACUCUCCAGUUGACCUUUCACGUCUUUUAGGACGUGCGCGCUGAGUCAUGGUCAAGAAGCUUGCUUUUAAUAUUAAAAUGAGGCAACCAACSCACAAUAUCCGACUUGCGAAUUUUGAAUCAGUAGUCUAGUCACACACAAACACUGGAAAAAUCGCGCUCUUUAAAKRUKGUAAAUUUGAUGACACUUACAUCAUAUUUACAUCAAAUUUACAACCUUUAUAGCGCGCRA